UGAUACUGGUACAGACUUGAGAUUAACUAAUUCUAUUGCAUCAUGUAUUAUGUGGACUCACAGAAAACAUUAACGCGCCGCGAAAGUUCUCUUGUCAUUGAAAAAGAUGAAACUAAAAGCGAGUAUGAGGCGUUAUCUACCGCUCGUGGUCAAUCCACGGCGCGUCUUGUUAGCGAAUCGGGGGCUUCGUUAAUAGCCCGACAAAGAGGUUCUGUUCAGAGGGAAAUGGUUACUAUGAUGUUCGAGUCUAUGCUAGAUCAUAUUGUAGAAUCGUGGACGGUUAUAGAGCCUCCAAAACAGGAGGAAGGCCCCACAGAAUUUCCACGCACAGCCAGUGAAUUAACAUUGCCAGGCAAGAAGAAGAAAGCUAUGAGUGGAAAAUCCAGUAAAAAUAAACGAAGUCAAUCGAAAAUUGAUUUCGACAAUACACAGGUAUGUAAUAAGUUCCUCAAAAUCAUUUACUGUCUUACAUAGGAAUGGUGUUCUUUGAGUUGCAAUUUAAAUAUUGCGAUGUUUUUGUUAAUUUCGUUUGCAGCAAGAA